AGCCUUGGGUCCUCCCUCCUGCUUUUCACAUGAUCUGUAAGCUUCCACAGAAGAGAGACAGGAAUGUGGAGAGAAGCGUCAACAACGAUGGCUGCGCGUCUUUUUUACACGGUGGCUAUCUGGGUGACAUUCAUCCACUGCACUAAAGGAAUUCCCUGGACACAAGAAAAGCUGCAUCACCAAGCCCUGACUCUAACACAAGAGGAGAUCAAUACUGCCCUGUCUCACACUGACCUGGCACAGAUGUGGCUGAGGGACCUGAGGCCACUGCUGGUUACCAGGUAUCCCGGCUCUGCAGGUAGCCAGGCAGUGCAACAGCAUAUCAAAACAACCCUUGGUUCCCUUGGAGCAGGCUGGGAGGUGACAGAGGAUAGGUUUGUGUCACAAACACCCUAUGGCACCCUGCCCUUCACCAACUUAAUUGCCACUCUCAACCCAUCAGCCAAACGCCGUCUGGUCCUGGCCUGUCACUAUGACUCCAAGUACUAUCCACCACAAUGGCACGGGAUGGAGUUCCAGGGCGCCACUGAUUCUGCUGUUCCCUGUGCUAUGAUGUUGGAGCUGGCACGAGCCCUGGAUGAAGAACUCAAAGCUCAGAAGAGCUCCAAUCCCAACCUGACCCUGCAGCUGAUCUUCUUCGAUGGAGAGGAGGCUCUUUUCCGCUGGACCGCCACAGACUCCCUCUAUGGCUCCCGCCACCUGGCCCAAAAGAUGGCGACCACUCCACACCCCGUUGGAGCCACAGGCACCAAUCAACUGCACGGCAUAGAUCUGUUUGUGUUGUUGGACCUGAUCGGAGCACCCAGUCCAUACUUUGGCAACCAGUUCGCCAACACAAUGCACUGGCUCUCCAGACUACAGGACAUUGAAAAGCGCUUACACUCCAUGAACCAGCUUGUGGAUCAUCCUAACAGCGUGCAAUAUUUCUGGCCAGAGCGAACUGUAAGCCGCAUAGAAGAUGAUCAUAUACCAUUCCUAAACAGAGGUGUACGUGUCCUUCACCUUAUCCCGUCCCCUUUCCCGUCCGUGUGGCACACAUUUGAUGACAACGAGCAGAACCUGGAUCGCUCCGCCAUUCAGAACCUCAAUAAGAUCCUACAAGUUUUUGUUCUGGAGUACCUCAACGCCAGACCCACCAUCCCCUCAACCCCACAGUAUGCCCCGUGAAAACACCAGCAUCACUUAACAACUUUUUUUUCUUUUUUAAUGUCACUGUAGUAAAGACCUUCAGCUGUUUUUUUAACGACUGAAAGAAUAUACUGUAUUUAAUACUGUUUAAAGGUUAGGACCUGACUCAGAUCAGAUGGGCGACAGCUGCAGAAAACAUUUUACAUAUGAUGUAUAGACAUGCUUUAUGUCAUCUACAUAUCCAGUACUUCUUUUUUUUAAACUUUGGAGUCAUUCUCUAAACAUAUUUUCUAUGUGUAUGUAGCAUGUAUUUUCUUCCCAAGAAAAUAUAUUCAUAAGAGAGCUCAAAACUCUGAAGCUUCAUCUUCUUUUCAAGUUCUAAACUUUCAGCCACAAAAUCUCCUGUGUGUUUUUUUUUUUACAACACUGCUCUCUUUAUAUCAGCCCAAACCCCUCUUUUACACUGUGAGGAGGCAAUGCUAAUGUCUAGGAUGUGGAGCCUCAAAGAGGAAGAAAAAGAGAAAUGCAGAGGUAAAAAGAUAAAAAUAACUCGGAUGUUAUUAUACACUUUAUUUAAAAAAAUUCCCUGGCAAUAUCGUUGACAAUUUCAUUAUGAGUUGCUUUGGGGGACAGCUGCAGCCUGAAAACACCUUCUUAUAGUAAUGUAAUGACAUCCAGAAUCCCUGAUCUGUUAUGUAGCGUGAUAAAUAUAUACAAUAUGGCCACCCGCAUGAUGCUACCAAAACAUAUGGGGAAGAGUAUGUAGCAACACACGUGAGACAGUGUCAAACUGUGCAUUUCAGCAACACGUUACAUUUCCUCCCAGUAAAUCUGUUCAGUGUUAUAGAGCAAACACGUCAGUGUCAGGAAGUGGUUUUAUUUAUGUUAAAAACCUCUUUAGCCCUUCAUAUCCUGUCAUCUUAGAUAGUGAAGUGAACUUCCUGUGCUGAUGUUUCAUGUGCCUGCCUUUGUUUAUAUGACAUUAUUAGCCAGGUUUUAAAUAUAGAUCCCAGAAUAAUAUACAAUCCAAUACAAGCCUGGACUUCUGUGUUAUGAGGCUGAAAUAAAUGUUGAUACAGAGUACAAGCCAGGCUGCACAGAGUUUGUUUAUCUUUACAAGUCUUUGUUUCAUUGUGGUUUAAGAAGUCGGUGUUGCUCUGAUGAUUGAUCAUUUUGAUUAUCUAGUGUUAACUUUCUCUGUCAUUUGAAAACAGAAAGAGUACUUGACAUCGUUCUUCCAGUUUUCUAUCUGGUUCUCAGGUCUUUCACUCUCUUAACUUUAAAGCUUGGGCCUUCUCCUCCUCCAUCCAUCCCUCCACCUCGCCUUCACAACAAUCCCAUGAUUGACUUAAUCCUAUCGCAGAGGACCUCCCCUGAAUUCCACACCACCCAAAUCCCCUUCAAUCCAACCCACUCCCAUGAGAACCGAACAUGGCUCUUUACCUCCCAUUGGCUUCAGUCAGAAAUGUUUGUGAUGCCUGGCAACAAUGUGUACCAUUAUACUGCACAGCCUAUAUCUUGUCUCUGAAAGGGAGAUUAAACAUGCUUUAAGGGCCAUUAGUCAAGUAAGACUGCUGUGUGAUGUACAGUUUCCUCCCUAACUCCAGAGAGUUGUGAAAUCUGGGUGUUAGGUCGUAAAACGUAAGUUAUCUGCAGUUCUUUAGAGAGUUUUUUUUUUCGUCCUGUACCGUGCUAAUAUUGUGCUCAUUCUUAAUUUUGUUCUUGUUUCUGGAAGCUUGACAUUUUACCUCAGGCAUUCUACCUGUCAGUCAUCACCAAAAUUACUCGGUUGGGAUAUAAAAUAGAAGAAAAUAUAUUUAAUUAACUUUAAUCUAAGGAGAACGGUCUCAUUCAAAACUCUUGAAUGACAAGCAACCAGCAUGUUGGAACAAGGAAAAAGAGGAGAGGCAGAACAAAUUGUUGUAUUGCACUGUAGUGGGGCUUCCAGUAAUUUUUAGCCUGACAGCAAACUGAUGCAUGCCCAGGUUUAAUAACAGUUGACGUUUAAUCUGCAGCUGAUUACAGUGCAGAGAGAUCAACAGUUUCCAGCUGUACUGUAAUAAAGUGAUGGAAAGGGCCUUUCCCAUGCUCUCUCCCAAGGUGUGUUUCAGAUUGUUGGAAAACAAUGAGCCUGGAAAGGUCACUUAAUGUCAGAAUCCAUAUUAGUAAAAACAGACUUGAAACUGCAGUGCAUGCUGGUGUUGCAAAAAUAAUGAAAUAGCUAUUCAUUAAAAACAAAAUGUGCUUUA